AAUAGUAGACCCAAAGAAAUCAAAAUGCUGAUGUGGAGCUUUGUUCUGGUUAGAAUCCUAUUGAGGGUUUGCUUAGCUUCUGGACAUUCUGAACAUGUUGCAGCAAAGUCUUGGCAGGGACAAGGUACUCUGCAUAACUUGGAAGAGAUCAUAAUUGGCAGAUGCUACAACUAUAUCAGAGUAAUAAAUCCUACUGUGGGAGAGAAGAACUGCUCGGCAAUCUGGGAUGCAUUUCAAAAAGCCUUUGUUUAUAAAGACCCAUGCAAUGUCAGUCCUACAGAUUAUGAGACUUUUAUCAGGCUGGCAAUUCACAAGAUACCCCAAAAUAAGGCCUUAUUCUGGGAAAACACCAAGCUUCUUGUACACAGAUAUGCAGAUAAAACCAGAAGGAUGAUGCCCCUGGGUGACACUCUGAUUGGCUUAUUGGCAGAUGACUUGCACUGGUGUGGACAGCUCGACGCUCCAGGCAUCAAUUUUCAAUCCUGCCCUUCAACAACUGAAUGUGAAAAUAACCCAGUGAAUUCUUUUUGGAUAAUAGCAUCUGAGACUUACGCAAAAGAGGCAGAGGGAAUUGUGAGUGUGAUGCUGAAUGGCUCCAUUUCCACUGGAACCUUUCCUAAAGAUGGGUUUUUUGCAGAAUAUGAGCUCCCCAAUUGGAAUAAGAGCAAAAUCUCUGAAGUAAGGAUUUGGAUCAUGGACAACAUCAAUGGACCUGAUAGAGAGUCGUGUGGGACAGGCACUGUUGAAGAGCUUGAGGAAAUACUAAGACGACAACAUUUCAACUACUCUUGCAUUGACAAUGUCAGGACUAUUCGCAUCCUGGAAUGUGUAGACUUUCCAAAUGAUGCAGCCUGCACUUGUAUAUAGCUGCAAGAUGAUU